AUGCUUGACUUUGAGUUAAAAGGGACAGUGACUGGACGGUUGUUUGUGGGAACAGCUGAGAAGAUUCCGCCAUCAGAACUUGUUGACACAACUGGUGCAGGAGAUGCAUUUAUUGGAGCAGUAGUUUAUGCUCUCUGUGCCUGUAUGCCACCGGAGAAGAUGUUACCAUUUGCUGCUCAAGUGGCUGCAUUUGGCUGUAGGGCUUUAGGGGCCCGAACUGGUCUUCCACACCGUACAGAUCCACGCCUGGCAACCUUUUUAUAACAAGUUCCGACAUGGUGCCUGUAGGCGAAGUAAAUGGAAAUAUUGCCCAUGCAGGCUACAACCAGAGUAUGUACAUUUGCCAGCACACAGCUUUGAGCUUUACUCUCAUUGCAUUAUGCCAUGGGCCCUAGUUCAAGCAAGACAUCCUUUUACAACAUUAUUUACGCUUGCUUCUAUUUCACUUUGUAUUAGAUACAUCCUCUUGUGGAGAAGCUUCUUUGACUCGCACUACUUGAAUGUGAACUCUCAAAGCCUCCGUCUUCAUCUGCUUUGGAGCUUUAAAUAUAUAUAAUAAAUUCCCUACUUUUUUUAA